ACGCGCGCCCGCACCGGCGGCCGGGACGGGGCGGCCCGGUGCUCCUACAGCGGCGGCCCCAUGUUUUCCUCCAGCCAGGAGGAGCUGUGCGCGCUGAACAAGGAGCCCGUCAAGUAUGGGGAGCUGGUGGUGCUGGGGUACAAUGGAUCCCUCCCUAAUGGUGACAGGGGCCGCAGGAAAAGCAGAUUUGCCCUUUAUAAACGAUCAAGAGCAAGUGGAGUUAAACCCAGCUCUGUCCAUGUCGUCUCCACUCCUCAAACUUCAAAGGCAGUCAGCUCAAAAGGCCACCACAGCAUCUCUUACACAUUAUCCAGAACCCAGACAGUUGUUGUGGAAUAUAUUCAUGACAGAGAUACAGACAUGUUUCAGGUUGGGAGGUCCACAGAAAGCCCCAUAGACUUUGUAGUAACAGACACUAUUUCAGGAAAUCAAAACAGUGAUGAAACCCAGAUCACCCAGAGCACCAUCUCCCGAUUUGCCUGCAGGAUUGUUUGUGACAGGAACCCACCAUACACAGCAAGGAUCUUUGCAGCUGGCUUUGACUCGUCUAAAAAUAUAUUUCUUGGUGAAAAAGCAGCCAAGUGGAAAAACCCUGAUGGCCACAUGGAUGGAUUGACAACCAACGGGGUGCUGGUGAUGCACCCCAAGGGAGGCUUCACCGAGGAGUCCAAGCCCGGGGUGUGGAGGGAGAUCUCUGUCUGUGGGGACGUCUACACGCUCCGGGAAACCAGGUCUGCUCAGCACAGGGGCAAACUGGUGGAAAACGAGACCAACGUGCUGCAGGACGGCUCCCUGAUCGACCUGUGCGGGGCCACGCUGCUGUGGCGGACGGCGGACGGGCUGCUGCACUCGCCGACGCAGAAACACAUCGAGGCCCUGCGGCAGGAGAUCAACGCCGCGCGGCCCCAGUGCCCCGUGGGCUUCAACACCUUGGCCUUCCCCAGCAUGACCCGCAAGGACGUGGUGAAGAAGAAGGACGUGGAGGAGAAGCAGCCUUGGGCCUACCUCAGCUGCGGCCACGUGCACGGCUACCACAACUGGGGCCACCGCAGCGACGCGGAGGUGAACGAGCGCGAGUGCCCCAUGUGCAGAACCGUGGGCCGCUACGUGCCCCUGUGGCUGGGCUGCGAGGCCGGCUUCUACGUGGACGCCGGGCCCCCCACGCACGCCUUCACCCCCUGUGGACACGUGUGCUCCGAGAAAACUGCCAAAUACUGGGCCCAGAUCCCGCUGCCUCACGGCACCCACGCCUUCCACGCCGCCUGCCCCUUCUGCGCCACGCAGCUCACCGGGGACAACUGCGUCAAGCUCAUCUUUCAGGGCCCCAUCGACUGAGGAACCGCACGGAAAUGACCACAAUAAAAAGUUUUUUCGAACGGUUUACUGUGAAGAUUUUUUGCCACUAAUUCUAGAUUUUACCUUUUUUUAUA